CAGAGGAGCUGACGGUAAAUGAGAGGCCGUCACCAUGCCCCCGGGGAAGUAUGGGAUGCAGGAGGAAUGGGAGAAGGAGGGGGACCAGGAGAUCUUGAUGGACUUCCUGCUGCCUACUGGGAUCUUCCUCAAAUUCCCUGUGUCUGGAAAUGAGACCAUCAAAAACAUCAAAAAAAUGGUUUGGAAAAAUGCCAGAAGCGAGGCCCUGUUCAGUGGAUUGGGUGAUCCCGACGCAUACGUCUUCACCUGCAUCAACCAGACAGCAGAGAGGGAGGAACUGGAGGAGGAAUCUAGGCGUAUAAGUGAUGUGCGGCCCUUCAUGUGUGUUCUGAGGCUGGUGGCGAGGGAAGGCGACCGAGUGGAGAAACUCACCAACACCCAAAUCAGCCUGUUAAUUGGCAAAGGCCUGCAUGAGUUUGAAGCUCAGAAGAACCACGAGGUGAAUGAGUUUCGGACUAAGAUGCGUACGUUUUGCGAAGAGAAGGCUCAGGAACGGCAGAUGUUGCCGUGGCAGCAGUGGAUGGAAUACAGCUUCCCAUGUGACCUGGAGCCAUGCUGCUCUCCGCCCAUGAGUGGGAGCAUAAAGUCAAAAAGCACCAAGAUUUUCAUCAACGUCAAGUUUGAGGCUUGUGAUGAAAGCUUCAUGCUGCAGCAGGACCCUCAGGAUUUCCCAGUGGUUCUGAUGAGAAGCGCCGUGAAGAAGAAGGCCACCGUCUUUCGCUCAGUGCGACAGGAGCCUGAGGACUACACCUUACAGGUCAACGGGAGGUGGGAGUUCAUCUAUGGGAAACACCCCUUGUGCCAGUUCAAAUACAUUUUCUCAUGUUUGAGAAACGGCCAAAACCCUCAUCUAACCAUGGUGCACCACUCCACCAUCAGCAAAUAUCAGGAGGAGCAGCGCAGAAUGUGCAGCCAGGUAUACAAGAGUCGCUCCCUGUCCAGACCUCCUCCGCUGCCCCUGAAGAAGCAGAACACCUCUUCUUUGUGGUCCAUCAAUGAGCCUUUUUACAUUAACCUAGUGCAGGGCAGCCGAGUCAACGCAGACGAAGGAAUGAAGCUUGUGGUGCAGGCAGGUCUGUUCCAUGGCAGCGAACUGCUCUGUAAGGUGGUGACAAGCCCAGAGGUGGCAGUGUCCUCCGAGCCGCUGUGGGAUCAAAAGCUGGAGUUUGACAUUAACGUGGCUGACCUGCCUCGCAUGAGCCGCCUGUGCUUUGCUCUGUAUGCUGUCAUUGAGAAAGCCAAGAAACCCAGAGGCACCAAAAAGAAGAAUAAGAAAGCGGACUGUCCGAUAGCCUGGGUGAACACCAUGGUGUUCGACUACAAGGACCAGCUGAAGACUGGGGAGUUCCUCUUGUCUACUUGGCCAUCUGUUCCUGAUGACAAAGGUGAUCUGUUGAACCCGAUGGGAACAGUCGAGAAGAACCCCAAUGUGGACAGUGCUGCGGGCCUUCUCAUUCGCUUCCACAACAUCCGGCCUCAUCCUCUCUAUUACCCUCCACUUGACAAGAUAAGUGAUGUGGAGAAGAAUGGUGAUGCAGUUAUUCCCACUAAAGAAGAGUACAUGAAACUAAAAGAAAUCAUGGACAACAAAAACUACACCGAGUUUUUCGAGGACGAGAAGGAGCUCUUGUGGAAGCUUCGCACAGAAGUCCGCAACCGUUAUCCGGAAAGUCUGUCCAAGCUGCUCCUCAUCACCAAGUGGAACAAGCGUGAGGACGUAGUUCAGAUGGUGAGUUUACUAAGGAAGUGGCCUGACCUUCCUGCCAUUCAUGCCUUGGAGCUCUUAGAUUACAGUUUUCCCGACCCAGCGGUCCGUUCUUUCACCAUCAGAUGCCUCAGGAAGCUCAGUGAUGAUGAACUGCUACAGUACUUAAUCCAGCUGGUCCAGGUCCUGAAGUAUGAGUCCUAUCUAGACUGUGACCUCACCACGUUCCUGCUAGAGAGGGCUCUGUCCAACUGGAAGAUAGGACACUUUCUGUUUUGGCAUCUCAGGUCAGAGAUUCAUGUGGCAUCUGUGAGUUUGCGUUUUGGACUGAUUCUGGAGGCCUACUGCAGGGGAAACAUUCACCACAUCAAGCUCUUAACCAAACAGAACGAGGCCCUGGGCAAAAUGAAGGCCCUGAGCGACUUUGUCAAGUCCGGCUCCCAGAAGAUGACAGUGGAUGACCUGAAGCUGUGUAUCAGACAGGAGUCCUACCUCGAGGCCCUGUCAGACCUGCUGUCACCACUCAACCCCAGCAUCAUCCUCACUGAGAUCUGUGCAGAUAAGUGCAGGUUUAUGGACUCCAAGAUGAAGCCGCUCUGGCUGCUGUAUAAGAACCCCCAGGUUCAAGGAGAGAUGGUGGGCAUCAUCUUCAAGAAUGGAGAUGAUCUUCGACAAGACAUGUUGACCCUUCAGAUGAUCCAGCUCAUGGAGAAUUUAUGGAAGAAAGAAGGCCUGGAUCUCAGGAUGAUCCCAUAUGCCUGCUUGUCCACUGGAAACAAGAUGGGGCUCAUCGAGGUAGUGAAGAACUCAGACACCAUCGCCAAUAUCCAGCGUAACAGCAGUAACAGUGCCGCCACCGCUGCCUUCAACAAGGACGCCCUACUUAACUGGCUGAAAUCUAAGAAUCCUGAGGACAAACUUGAUCAAGCAAUAGAAGAGUUCACGCUGUCCUGUGCUGGCUACUGUGUAGCUACUUACGUCUUGGGCAUUGGAGAUCGUCACAAUGACAAUAUAAUGAUCAGGGAAACUGGACAGCUGUUCCACAUUGACUUUGGGCAUUUCCUGGGCAACUUCAAGCGGAAACUAGGGAUCAACAGGGAGCGUGUGCCUUUUAUCUUGACUUAUGACUUUGUCCAUGUGAUCCAGCAAGGGCGAACGAACAACAGUGAGAAGUUUGAGAGGUUCAGGGAAUACUGUGAGCGAGCCUAUAAGAUCCUGUGUCGCAAUGGGAUGCUGUUUGUCAACCUCUUUGCUAUGAUGAAGGCAGCAGGACUGCCAGAGCUCACCUCCUUCAAAGACAUCCAGUAUCUAAAGGACUCUUUAGCUUUGGGUAAAUCAGAGGAAGAGGCACUGAAGAAUUUCAAAGUGAAGUUCAACGAAGCUCUGCGGGAGAGCUGGAAGACGAAGGUCAACUGGAUGAUGCACUCCUUGGCCAAAGAUAAUAGACCAUGAAGAACACUGCUCCAAGGGAACCUGAAGACCAAAAAUGUUGGGUUUUAAACUUAUGGAGAUAAAACGGAAGAAAACACAAUCAAAUAUUUUACUUUAUUAAUGGAAUUCAAAGAGACUCAGCAAAUGUUUACAUCUCACUGGCCUGUCUGUGGUGCAUAACGACUAAGUGGAGGCAUCCAAAGACAAUGAUGUAAUCAUGGAACAUAGUUUCAAUACACAGAUACUUUAGCAAUGAAGGACAUCCAUCACACUCAUUGUUCUGCCCUCAAACAAUGGAUUGUCUUGAGGACACAUCAACAAAACGUAUAAACUGUGCUUUUUUGACGUGUUAAAAUUGCUACUUGAAAACCACCUGCUCAUGCAAAAGUAUCAUGAAUCAUUGAAACAGAAGCAGAGACUGAAAGUUCAUCUCACCGACCGCAUUACUCAGCAGGGAGCAAACUGCGAACCAACUUUAUGAUGACUUUAAUCGACACUGUUUAGUCGCGAAGUACAAUAACAAGGGCGGCAGUUUCAUCUCAAGUUUUUUGUAUGGUUUACAACUCUCGAUGGCUGUGUCAUUUCUUCUCAUUGCAAAUGCCUCUUUUGCAAUAUCAUCUUGUUUUUUUUAUUUUAUUGUAUUUUAUUUAUUUUGUUAGCUUUGAAGUACUUGUACAAAGUCAUGAGGGAUGUGUUUUACUGCUGUAUUGAUGUAAUAUUGCCUUGAAGUGCAGUAUGAUGCCUUUCUAGUGCCAGUAGACAGGAAGCAUUGUAACAUUUACAAUUUAUUGUAAAAUGAGAAGAUAAGUGGUAUAAAUGGGACCUUUAUUUUGAUAACACCCCUGUGUACCUGGCUGUGUUACCCAGAAAACUCUUACCAAACAGCUACUAUGCAUUUAGGGAACAGUUUGACAUUUUGAUAAAAAAAUUUGCUUUCUUGUUGAAAGUUGGAUGGGAAGGUCAGUACCACUCAUAUCUGUGUGUCUAAUGUGAAGCUGGAGUCAGCGGCAUUUAGUUUGGCUAAAGCUUGGCUGGCUCUGUUGGAACCAAGCAGCAGCCUCCAUGGUCGAGAAAUGAAACCAACGCACUAUUCCUGAAACAGCCAUUUGAGGCUGGCUCCAGAAGUGGUCAAUCUCCAUAAGGCUCCAUAUUUAACGGUUUUGGUAUCUGUAGCAAAAAUGCCCCGUUCAUGACAACCGUAAGUGUUUUUAUGUAACUCCCUUGUUUAAAUUAUACCAAGGCUUAUACGUUAUUAAGAUCGUGCCAUCACAGGUGGCUGGUUUUAGCAACUAGGCUUCAUUUGGUCUGCCUCAGUUUAUUUUUGUAUUAGUCCUGAGCCAGCGGAGUCAGGAGUGCCAAGAUAGCAACGGCCUGAGCCGAAAACACUGAGCUUCACUACAGCUCAGCAACCUAUGCGUGAUGUCAUAGAAACCAAGUCAAUUUUUAAUUAUAUAGUCUAUGGUUGAAAUAUAACUAAAUCUGACCACAGGCACCUAAAGCUAAAUCUACAGCUCACCAAUUAACACAUUACAUUUUGUUUGUUUACUAAAGUGCAAAAAGGACACGUUGGAAGUAUUAUGUAGCGAGUAUAGUCUUUAUACUAAGAUCAGCUGUGUCAUGGCCCCAGGUUCAUAUAAGAGUGAUAUUGCUUUUCUCAUCUAACUCUCAGCAAGAAAGUGAAUAGGUGUAGUACCCCAAAUGUCAAACUAUUCCUUUAAUGACAACUACCAUUAGCUAAUGAAAAAGAAAUGAUUUCAGGCGCUAGGCAAAGCUAUCAUAUAGAUGUUUGGUCCAAGGAUCAGACAAAAUAUUGAAUACAUGGGGCAUUACAACCCAAAUAGGAAUCUGUGGACUCAUUUAAGCCAUAGAGGUGUGGUUUUGUUUCUAAAAUGGUGGUACUGUACACAUGGCCCUUAUGAAAGUGUAAAUCUGGACUAUGUGUACUAUCUCUGAUGAUGCAGUCUGUGUGUGUGUGUGUGUGUAUGUGUGCGUGCCUGUAAUUGUCUGAUAUUUAAGUUAUGUACUGUGUAAUUUACAUUCCAUUUUUGAACUGAUGUGCCAGGUGCCGUGCAAGAGAUUUCAUGCUUGUAGUGACAAACACCUCUAUACUUGGACAUAUCUAAUGCUGUGCAAAAUUGUGUUUGUCUUUCAAAGCCUGUGUGCUUUAUGAUUGAAUUUUAUGGUCCAUUCAGACUACUUUACAUGCUAUAUAUCUAGCUGACAGUCCUGUAAGGAAGACGCUUUUCAUAACAUUUUUAUUUUGCAUAGCAGUUAAAAUGAUCUGUAACGUUUGUAUGAGUCUCUUUACAAUGAUGACUUUUACAGAAGGGCAAGUGUAGCUGUAGAUUACACAGCAAGAAGAUUUAAAAGCUACUGAAAUAUUCACUGUGGAAUAGACUUUAAAUAUGGGCCGUCAGUGUCCCUCAGUAUGGGCUCAGCUAAACACUGCUGCUUUAAGCUGCUUUUGAGGAGGAGUGAGUCAUUUUAAGUAGAUGGGCUACUUUAGCUAAUUGUAAAAUAUACUGCUGUUGCCUUUUGAAUUUAUUGUAAUUCAUGAAUUCUGUCCAAUGGUACAAAUCUGUUAAUAUUCAGGCCUCAUUUUCAUGUGUGCAGCUAAAACGGAUAAGUCCUCCUGAUCUGUCCUUUGUCCGCAUCCUGUUUUCACAUUUGUUUCACUUGCUGUUGGGAGGGAAACAUGCACUCAAUAAACAGUUUGCAAUAGCAGAGUGCACUGAAACUUUCUAGGCUCUAAGUCAUAUGUUAGCUUUAUUUUCUUUCUAUGUUUUGAAACUUAAAAAAGGUUGAUCAUAGAUGAAGGCAAAAGCCACCAGUCAGCCCUCUUUUCAAUUGUAUUUUAGAGCAAUGGCCUGUUAAAGUGUGUGGGAGUUCACACUUCACAAAAACAUGUCUUCCCCCCCAACCCUUAACCAAAGUGUAAAAUAUCUGAUAAUCCAGUUCUCUGUCAGGCAUAUCAGCCUUAUGUGACAUCACCAAAAGAAAGGUAAAUAAAUGAUUCAUUUUAUCAAUUCCCAACCGUCUUAUCUGGGG